UAAUGUCUUAUUUAUGUACCUCUGUCGUAUUCGUCAGCUUUCACGUGCAGGGAGGCUGAAUGAGGGAGGAAAAGAGGCGGGAGAAGGUGGAAGACGAGGAUGUCUUUUCCCAGCAGUGGUCGCUUCCACUCCAGCUUCCCUUUCCUCCAGACCUCUCCUCCACCUUUACAAAGAGAAGCAGCCUCGCCCUCCCCUGCGAUAGAUGCUUGAUUGACAGCUGAUGCCAGGGCAACGCGCCGCGUGCGGAUCGCCAUUUGAUUGGCUGCCAUUAGCGGGGAGGGAGGACUGCGGAGGUGGGGCCCAGGUGAUGGAGAGUUUUACUCGUCGAGUGUACAGCCUCUGGUCAUUGCCACAUCGCACGUGCACGCUGACCACUAAGGGGGGAGGGUAAUUAUGGGGAGGAGAUCGCUCACAUCACGCGCGUGCAGCCAGGCGCGGCCACCAAGCAAAGGCCCGUAACUCCCCGGACUUGAACGAAGUCGGAGGAGAGUUGCGUUUCUCCAUCCUCCUCAUCGGUAUCGUCAGCCUCGGUCCACGAGUCUUGGCAGGCUGUCAGAUCGCGGCGCCCACGAAGAAGUGUGACCCGGAUUGUAAGGAGAAAGUCUGUCACACGCGCUACCCCCUCCACCCCGCGACCACCACCGGCAUCCACCCAGCCGUCCACCCACCUCACUCGCGGCAUCGCAGCCAUCAGACCAAAGGCUCAGUCGCAGAGCUCGGCGCAUUGCGGUUCCCUCCCAGGCGGGUCAGUGAAAUGCGACUUCUCAUUCCGACCGUCACAUCUCUCACACCGUCCUGCCAGUCGUUUAACGUUGUCGUCGCCACCUCAUCGUCGUGACGGCACAUCGUCAUGGUGCCUGAGCAGCAGGGGGUGGGUAAGCUGGACACCGACAGCCUGCUGAGACACAGUCACAGACCACUGCCAACCACUCAGGUCAAGCCAGACGCCAUGAUGAGGGACGAGGGAUCAGAGUUCAGGGGGCUGUCUUCUCAUCACCUGUAUCACGAGCAGCAGUCUCCAUGUGGUGAGGGUUACCUCUCCGCCAGUACUUCCGAGGACGGCGUAGACUGCGAGAGCGGCGGAAGCGGAAGUGGCAAGGAUUACGUCGCCAGUCGCAAGCGAGGUCUGAAGUCGGACGGCGCUUCCGGCGGAAGUGGCAGCAAGAAGCCCAGACGGAAGCCGCAGACGCUGGAGGACUUGCAGUCGCAGCGCGUGCAGGCCAACGUGCGCGAGCGCCAACGGACCGAGUCGCUGAACGACGCCUUCUCGCAGCUGCGCAAGAUCAUCCCGACCCUGCCCUCGGACAAGCUCAGCAAGAUCCAGACCCUCAAGCUGGCCACGCGCUACAUCGACUUCCUGUACCAGGUGCUGCGCUCCGAGGACUUCGACCUCAAGCUUCCGGGCAGCUGCUCGUACAUGGCGCACGAACGCUUGUCCUACGCCUUCUCGGUGUGGCGCAUGGAGGGCGCCUGGCAAAUGCACGAACAUUGACCGGACUGACGUCAGGACGUGACAGCAACGUGAUUUACGUCACUGACUGCUAUCAGAACUUUUCGUAACGUGCCUUCAAUUAACACUCCAGUUGUGAACCACUCUUUAUAAGAAUCGGGGGUUAGGGGUAGGGAGGAGAGAAAUGUUUUCUCUGAUGAUGUAGGUGGUGGUGGUUGUGGCGGUGGUGGCGCUGGAAACCUCACGUGACGACGCUCGCUGUUGUUGUUGUUGACCUCUGCGUGAGGUUCGCCCCUUGCCUGCUGCGUUGAUUGGCGGACGUGUCGUCUGCUUGGAUCUCAUGGUGGUGGUGCAGGGACCGCUGGCAGCGAUGAAACACAAGACGAUAUGACUGAGCCUCUACGUGAUAACGUGGUGCAACGUGCCAUUGCGUGUGUGUGGGUUGGAGAAGGGGGCGAUGGGAUCGCCGCCAGGGGUUCAUGGCGGAGACCUUGAUCCUUGAGACUGAUUGGAAAAAAAAACUUUUUCUCACAAACAGUAUGGAGUGCUCAUACGAAGCUACUCAGAUAUUAUACCGCAUGACUAUUUCUAUACUUAAAUACUCUGACUUAUAUCUAUAUUUGAAUGCAGAAUUACCGCCCUUUAAACAAAUGUUCCAGUAUUAUUUGUACGUUACACAGAAGGGAGAUCACCUUCCGGUUACUUUAUCAGCAAAGUUUUCGGUUUUACUGCAUCUGUUGUUAUGUAAACAUGACACAAGAACAAGAUCAACAGCAGACAUUGGACACCAUUGUUGUCAACUUUAAUAUGACCGAGGCCUUCAGGUGUGUCAACAAGUUUUGGUGUCAAUCGUUGACCCAGGUCACGAUGUACCGACAGAAUAUCAUGCUACUACACCAUGGUGCUAUUAUUUGUCACGUGUUUGUUGAAUAAGCCAAUGAAAUGCAUUUUACAGCCGUCCAGUCUUCUUGACAAGUUGCGGGUUAUUAAUUGUUUGUAAGUGUUGACAGGUGCCAUUAUACACGCUUCAAGUGCCAACUGGGACAACACGGAAAAUAAAUGAUAUUCAAGUGUAUUGUUGCUUGUAUUUUAUACGCGCAUGUCAAUGUUAUUGUUAAAAAGAAAUAAAUCCUUUUAGUAGUUAUUA